AUGGCACCAGCUUUGGACGUGUAUGAUGACACGUGUUCCGAGAACUACCACAACCAAGCACUGGGCAAAACCAAGUCUGGAAGGACUUUGAAAAUCCGCACAUACCCCAAGUUUGAAAGUCUGGAGGAAGAGCGUCUAUACCGCAAGCAGCAUCUGGCCGCUGCGUUCCGCAUAUUCGCUGACCGAGGGUUCGAUGAGGGCGUGGCUGGCCACAUCAGUCUCUGGGAUCCCAUUCUCACCGACCACUUCUGGCUUAACCCUUUGUCGAUGCACUUUUCGCAGAUCUGCGUAACCGACUUGAUCCUGGUUAACGAAGAGGGAGAGGUUGUCAUUGGUGAUGAGCCCAUCAAUGCGGCUGCCUUUGCCAUUCAUUCUGAGAUCCACAAGGCUCGCCGUGAUGUGCAUACUGCUUGUCACGCCCACAGUGUCUACGGCAAAGCGUUUGCUGCUUUUGGACGCGAGCUUGAUAUGAUCACCCAAGAUUCGCUCAGAUUCUACAAGAGCCACGCUGUGUACGACAACUUUGGCGGCGUGGUCCUCGACAGGGAAGAGGGUAAAAGAAUUGCCAAUGCGCUCGGGAAUGGAAAGGCGGUUAUUCUCCAGAAUGAUUGGGCUCAACAAGGAUCGGGACAUAAGAAAAAUAUCAUCAACGAUGAAGAGGCUGAAUUCACAUACAAAUCGAUUGCCACAGACGACAAAGGCUGGCUUUCGUUCCAAGGCUACCAUGACGAGCAACUGGCGAAGACUGGGGGCUCCUUUCUGAAAUGA